AAGCACAUAGGCUGAAUAUUUGAUUGGCUAAAAGUCAAACGAGUAUUCGUGGCAGAGGUCCGAAACUAUCAUUUUCCAAUCAGCAUAAUAAAGUUUGCUCCUAUUGAUUAAAGGUUGUGGAAAAGAUUAGAUAAAGGUCCAGACAUUCAAGUUUUUGACAGCAAUAAAGAUUUUUUAGUUUCCCAUCCUUUCUCCUCAUAUGAUUGUUUUAAAAGAAUACAGUUCAAUAAUUCUGUAAACCUAGAGAGGGUUACAAUUUCUACAAUCUUUGGGAAUCGCCGCGUUUAAUAGCCCAUUGUUUAUAAAGAAUUAAAAAUGGCGUCUUAAACCGAGAGUUUAAUAAAUCAGAAGUUUAGUCUGGAAUUUUGCAGUUCUAUCUCUUUACUCUAAUUGCUAAACGUAUUUAUCCUAAUACAAUGUUCUUUAAACAAGAAAAAAUAACGAUGACUGUAGUAAAAAAAUUAGGGGCUGUCCAUAAACGACGUCAACACUAGAAGGGGGUUAUGACAAAUCGAAAAAAGGGCGGAGGGUUGAGUUCAAUGGACGUCCGUUUUAUUACAUUAAACUUUAUGCAUUUUAUUAAAUUUCUUUUAAAAUUUCUCGUAUUUUUCGUUUCUACUUAUGUAUCCAUCGUUCAUAAAACGAUAAAGGUUUUAAGAGGAGAGUUGAGUUUUGUUGGACGUCGAAGAGGAGAGGAUUACGGAAACUGGAACAAGGGGAGAGGGAGAGUAAAUAUUUCAAGAAAAAUGCGUAAUUUAUGGACAGCUUUUUAUAGGCAACGAUAACAGACUCUAAUGACGAUUUUCGCCUCUUCUGCGUUUAAGAUGGCCGCAGUUGUCAUGGAAACAGUCCCAGGAAGCAUCACUUCGCGACGGAUCGCCAUCGGUAGCGAAGUUCCGCAAACGUGAAAUCGAUAUCCAAUGAAAUAGAAGGAAGUUUCUAUUGUGCACUGUUUGAAAGGGAAUGGAUUGUUUAGAAAGAAGAGACGUUUUAAUUGAAGAAGUGCGAAAGCGGCCUUAUUUAUAUACGCCCGGUUUAAAAGGAUAUAAGGAUGUUAAGUUGAAAGAGAACGCGUGGAAAGAAAUUAGCGAGAUAACAAAAAUUCCCGAUAGCGAAAAAGUGUUUAAGAAUUUAAGAGAUGUGUAUUGUAAAAAGGUGAAAGCGUUGGAAAAAAGUAUUGCCGAAGGAGGAACCACGUACGAAAAAUGGCCUUUUAUGAAGUCGUUAGAAUUUUUAAGAGAUCAUCUCAGACGACGAAGGUGA